AUGGAUUUCGAGAAAAUUGUGAAACAGUCGCCGUAUUUACUCAUUUUGACAAUCGCAAUUUUUGGGGUCUUUUCCUAUCUUCCAGUUUUGAACAAAGUGGCGUAUCAAAAGUACUCUGUGAUAUUGAGUACCGUCACUUUUGCGAGUAUAUCGUGUUACUUUGGCAUUGCGUGUGUUGCAAUCGCAAGUUCGGUCUUCUGUUAUCUCAUACACUCAAAGUUUCUCCCGCACUUUGUCGCAGUGGUUGACAACGUCGUGCUACCCGUGCGGAUAUCAACGAUCUCGUUAUACCUUGUGACAGGAUUUCUUAUUUUAGAGAUCUGCAUUCCAGUGCUUGUUGCUCACGAGGUUUUCCACCUCUUAUCAAUCCUCUCUUUCUGCACACACGUGAUUUCGUAUUUUUAUCUCAUCAAAAUCUGUCCUUUCACUUUGUCAUUUCUCCAAUCUCCUCUCCAAGUUCUCAAAAUUGUGUUUGUCGGAAUGACACUUGUCUCAGUGUUUUGCCACGUCGCCAUCUCGUUGACAAGCCAAAUGAUGGACAUUGCAGCGAUCGUUCUGUGCUUACUCACAGCACUCUUGUACUAUUUUGAUAUCACAAAAUUUGUAUUUUCGUAUUACAGUGAUGUAGGAGCUCAGAACACCAUUGAGACUCUGACCGACCUUGACCCAUUGUCAAUCAGAGAAUUGGAUAAAACGAAUGAGGUGGUGAUUUGA